UGACUGCACUUCACACAUGGCAGUAACCAAUGAGAAUAACAGUAACGUCUGUUCUGUAACAUGGUGUAAAUGGCCGCGGGACAACAACAUUAACCGUUGUUAACUUCCCCGUAAUCCAUUAUUUUCCAUGUAUUAUCAAUUAAAGACCAGGCCAGAACACUAAAAAAAAAGAUUUGGAUGUUAUGUUCCUAAAUAACCUCCAUACCAGAUAUGGAGGAAGUCGACUCUAGUGGCCUCUGAUCAUGGGACUAAUCUUCCAGGCCUUUAUUUUACUACAGAUUUGUGUACGGAUACAUUCAUAUCCUUUCUCUAAGCGUUUUCAAAAACAGAACGAAGAUACAUCCUGCCAGAAACCUCUAGGGUUAACAUAUUUAUCAAAGCGCCACUUAGUAAGAUAUGUUGUCAGUGCCACCGAAGGUAAUGCCACCAACACCAGACUACAUAGUCCCACAUCCUGGUAUGCCACAGGACUAGGUAGCGCCACUUUUGUACAGGUUCGUAUGUUUGAACCAAUACUCGUCUCAGGAUUGGCAAUUCAAGGAGAUUUGAAACAUUCCCUUUGGGUUACCUCCCUUUACGUAACUUACAGUUUAGAUUGUGAUAUAUUUAUUCCCUUUAGUGAUGAUCAGUAUAUGAUAUUCCCUGGAAAUGUUGAUGGAAACUCGCUGUCAGUUAUAUUUUUUGACCGCGUGUUUACUGCCAAAUGUAUACGUGUAAUACCAGUUACUCGUCACGGCGAUACAACAGCUAUGCAAAUGGAGGUAUAUGGUUGUGUUGCCAGGAAAUGUGCUGAACCGCUACGUCCAUUGUGGUAUAUAAAUCGUAGGACGGGUGAAUUUGAGACCAAGUUCCAAUCAGAACAGAUCGUCAUGGCGUUAUCUAUACUUCCGGGUGUCGUAAAUGACCAUGGAUACAUCAUAUCAUACAGCAGAACAUGUACAGAUUAUAAACUUAUCGCAGAAAAUGGCAGACCUAAAAUAUUCCAUUCCUUUUAUGGCCAUGAGAUUAUGGUAGAUCUCAGUUUACAUCCUAUCAGAGCAAUGUGUCUACGAAUCAGUGCUGGGAACAGAAAUGCUUCUGAUACAACGGGUUUUCAUGUCUACCUCAGUGGAUGUCGCAUAUUUAACAGAGAUGAACCACUAGACAGAUGUGGAACAUCUCGCUAUCACCAUGAUAUUCGACAGAAACGUGUGAUUGGAGGAAUCCAUUCUGUACCGGGUGAGUGGCCAUGGCUGGUGUCGCUACAUUUCAUGGGAUUUCAUUCCUUUUCAAACAAUUCUGGAUAUCCACACCUUUGUGGGGCCUCUCUGAUUCACCCAGAAUGGGUCCUGUCAGCAGCACACUGUUUUGAUGAACGUGUAGCACCAGGUUCGUCUAGUCCUCUAAACUGGCAGGCGGUUGUUGGAGAACACAGCCAGACCGGAUAUGACGGGACAGAACAGAUCAUACAGAUUGAUUACAUCAUCAAACAUAACACAUUUAGCAUCGGCGUGGACAAACCAAUCUUACAAGAUAUUGCUUUGCUGAAAUUAAAAUCCCCUGCAAUAAUGACUGACUAUGUGAAUAUUGUGUGCUUAGACGCCUAUGAUUCCUUUCCACCAGGGACACCUUGUGUAGCAGCAGGAUGGGGACAACAUACUGUGGUUGGCAAAGGUGUAAAGCUCCCCCUACACGCAAGAAUUCCAAUUUUACCACCUGAUGAAUGUCAUCGUAGAUACAGUUCACUUCCUGAUGGUCACUAUGCCAAGUCUGCAGUCUCUAUAGAAUCAUCUGUCAUUUGUGCCACUGCAGACGGCGACGGAAACGAUUCAUGUCGGGGGGAUUCAGGAGGACCGUUAGUCUGUAGGUCGGGAGACCAAUGGGUACAAGUUGGCAUCGUAUCAUUUGGAUAUGACUGUGGUAAUUCUCAGUAUCCAGGUAUCUACACAAAGAUACAUCAUUAUAUCGACUGGAUAACAAUGACUAUUCGUGAUCACUCGGACAUUAACGUCUCAUACAUGUGGCUGAAUCGUAACAGAACUAUGCCUUCAAUUUUCUGAUUAUGACUUCAGUUUUAGUUUGUUUAGAUUGUAUUAUUUAUUGCCUAUUUGAAAUAUAUUUACUUUAACAACAAAUUAUGUAACGUCAAUACGGGUUAUAUUUCAUGUCUACUUCCAUCACUGUUAAGAACCGUUAUACCAAAGAUUAACAUAAUUCAUAUUGCUUUGAUGUUUUCCAUUUGUUGAAAUAGAUGCCGACUUUAAUUUUAUUGAAAGAGUACUUUUUUCACACUCUUAUAUUUUAUUUCUCUUGUGCCUGAUAUAACAGUUGAAACAAAUUUCCCUAUUCUUUGAUCAAUAUACACCAAGAUUAUCUCCAUUUUAAAUGACAUGUUCUUUCAGAUGUGUGGUAUAACUCAAUUUUUUUAUUUUCUUUUUUUUUCCGUCGUUUUCAACACAAGUUAUGAAUAUUGUUUUUGAUAAUGCUUUAAUUUGUUUUCAACUUUAAUCAAAAAAUUAAAUAUUUGAUUGAUCUUGUAGCAUUUUAUAUAUUUACAUUUAAGAUCAUAAAGAUAAAAACAACAAUAUAUCAUCAAUUUUUGUCAAAUUAUUUCGCAAUUCCUUAUAUUUGACCCUUGUCACAUAAUAUAAAAUAUUAAAUAUUUAAAUUUUGUGAAUAAAAUUAAAACACUUUAUCAUCAUCAAGACAACCAGGAAACAGAUCUGAUCGAGAUCACACCAUAAAUGUUUAAUAUUGAUUCUAAUGCAUAUUUGAUUACAUAGCAAGUUCACUGUGGUUAUGUAAAAUGGAAAAUUAAGACUAUUUUAAAUUCACCCAAAAAAAAUUCCCCGAACUAUUUUGAGUGUUCAAACAUAACAUUCUGUUUAACCAAAACUUUCUUUGUACCACGAGUAAAAUAAAAAAUUAAAAUUUUCUGACUUAUGAAAUGACUUGUAAAAAGUAACAAAAAUACUGAACUCCAAGGAUACGUUACCAAGUCAGGAAUUCGUGUGAUGUGUUUGGGAAUUUGUCAUUUGAAAAGGGACUUCCCGAUUACAAUUUUACUUUGAUUUCAGUAUUUAUGUCAUUUUAGUUUUUGCAAGUCACCGUUAACAAGUAAUUUUCAACAACGUUUCCUUGCAAAUCAUAGUUUCAUAUGCAGAACGUGUAUGCAAAUCCUUACAUUUGAAAUAAUCUUAAAAAUAUCAUUUAGUACUACCUAUUAAUUCGCUUUAAUAUCAAAACUAUGAAACUGUUAAAUUUAAAAGAAACAGGUGAUUGUUAUAUUUUUAAGAAUGAUUAUUAUAUUACAAAACACGUUCAAGUGAUCAACAAGUAUUCAAUAAGCAAACCAUUUGCGAAGGGUAGAAAUCUUUGUUAGUCAAGUUAAUUUAUCGGGUAGUCAUCAAUUUCUGUUGCCUUUAAAACGCCUUCGUGCUUUCUUACCAACUUCAAAUUUGAACUUUGAAUAAAUCUUACCAAGACCUGUAUCUAAUGGGUACCAUUUAUGAUCACAUAAUGAAAGCACGCAUUGUAUAGAGGUUAUUCAUGAAAUUUUAUCAUUCAUAUUUUGAUGUAUUUUUUUUAUUUGCGAUUGCAGAUCUUUGGUGGUAUAUAUGCAUAAUUUGUUUACAAUAUUUGUAGACUAUGAUAUGUUGUCUGAUAACCGAUAUUGUUGGAGACUUUAUGCUGUCAUAUUCAUGUCGUGUCGUUGUUGUUGCUUUCUUGUUAUUCCUAGGAAUAUUUCUAAUGAUUUAAACAAUAAAAGCUUUAUCUGGUUAUUCAGCACCUUGAUCGUCCUUUUAAUUACGUUGCAAUGCAAAUAACUGAAAAGGGUAUAAGUAAGAAUUUUUAACAUACUUGGGAGAUAAAUAACAUGAUUGAAAUUUUGUAAAACAAGACGUGCAUUUCAAAGAACGAGUCAUUAGGAACGCUUGGAUAAAAGUAGGUAAAACAUUUUAUGAUACUAUUUAACUUAUUUGAGUUUUGUCCCUUUAUUUCUGUUUCUUAUAAAUAUGUUGCAGGUAGAAUUGCUAUUUCAUUCUUGAUAUUGUAAGUGUUGUUGAUUUUACAAACACUUCAGCUCAGCUACAAUGGUAUUUCAUUGAGACAAAUUAACAAAGACAAAUCGUUAAUCUGAGUCUAGAUUUGUUGAAAUAGCUAAUAAAUUGUACUCUCAUAAAUCAA